CUGUCAUAGUCAAGCUGUUAACGCUACUGUAUUUUUUAUAACAUCAUCAAAAUGGUUGUCAUACUACAAGAUAAAUGUUCUGGGCGUUCUGAGGUUUUCUGGUGUCUGUAGGAACUUUUGAGGACUAUUUUGUACUUCGACUCCUUUUGGUACUGCUCAACUGAUUAAAAAUGAAUAGCCUAUCUGUUGGGGAACUGUGCAGCCUUUUUUGUUGUCCACCAUGUCCUAGCCGUAUUGCAGCAAAGCUGGCCUUUCUGCCCCCAGAGCCAACGUAUACCCUCCUGCCGGACAUGGAGUCCGGGCCUGCGGUCACCUCAAACCUUGGGACCACUGGUCUGCGCUCACGGCUGUCUGGCGGCGGCGGCGGUGGUGGUGUUGGUGGGGGAUUUGCAGACAGAAGUGGAGAAGGGAGGUGGAAACUGCAUUUGACAGAACGGGCAGAGUUUCAGUACUCUCAGAGAGAGCUGGACGGGACCGACGUCUUUCUUACUCGCUCUAGUCGCGGAAACAAAGUGGGCUGCAUGUACAUCCGCUGUGCCCCUUCAGCCAGGUUCACUGUGCUGUUCUCCCAUGGCAACGCUGUGGAUCUGGGUCAGAUGAGCAGUUUCUACAUUGGCCUGGGCACACGCAUCAACUGUAAUAUCUUUUCGUAUGACUACUCCGGCUAUGGGGUCAGUACAGGCAGGCCCUCAGAGAAGAACCUCUAUGCAGACAUAGACGCUGCCUGGCAUGCCUUACGCACAAGGUACGGCAUCAGCCCGGAGAAUAUAAUCCUCUAUGGGCAGAGCAUCGGCACCGUGCCCACUGUUGAUCUGGCAUCUCGAUACGAGUGUGCCGCUGUGGUCCUGCACUCUCCCCUUACCUCUGGCAUGAGGGUGGCAUUUCCAGACACCAAGAAAACAUACUGCUUUGAUGCCUUUCCCAACAUUGAGAAAGUGUCCAAAAUAACGUCUCCGGUGCUGAUUAUCCAUGGGACCGAGGAUGAUGUGAUUGACUUCUCUCAUGGGCUGGCCUUGUUCGAGCGCUGCCCCAAGGCAGUGGAGCCGCUGUGGGUGGAGGGGGCGGGGCACAACGACAUCGAGCUGUACAGCCAGUACCUAGAGCGUCUGCGUCGCUUCAUCAGCCAAGAACUGACGGCUCAAUACCAGUGAAAAACCCCACGACGGGCUAGAACCUUUUAGAACCAGUGCCGGGCCAGGACCAAGCAGCUAAUGUCACCCGAAGACGCACACUAACACUUGGCAGCUCAGAUCACCGUAAAACACUACAUCAGUGAGGCCCAGGCAGCUGAGAUGACCUUAAACAUCACACACCAGGAGUGAUCCAGCCUAGUCCAUUCUGUGUAACUGUGGUGACAGAAUUAGAAUUGCUGUCAUCACACUUUUUCCGGGCAGUUGUUCUGUCUCUGUGUUAUGUACUUGGCUGCUUUUGUGCAUUUUGUCAGACGGCCCAGAGUUACGUGUUUAUAUUGACCUCUCUGAAACCCCGAUUAUGAAAUAAACUCUGAGGACCGUGAACUUGAUUUUUUUUUUUGCUCCUUUGCCUGAUUUGAGCAGGCCAAUGUUGUUGUUUGAGCUGUUUUUUUUUUCUUUUGUUAAUGUCCUGGCCUGUCUGUCUGUUGCUAAUGAAGAACUAUCUUUCCUUGUCUGCGGUGUCUUCUGAGUUUUACGUUGGCCGUCCAAUCCCAUUUCUCUCCCUUUUUGGGAAAUGUGUAAAGAUUCAGGAUUCAGGCUGGUGU